GCUUUUUCUCCUCACAUCGAGCAUUGUCGAGUGCGAGGAUCAAGAUGCUGCCUGCCGCGUCCCCCUCGAAUUGCAUUAGCGCCAUGAUGUUGCUUCACGCGGUCGAUGCCGUGGACGACAUUGACGUCGCUGAAACUUUGAUGGCCCUCACAAAAGCCUCCAUGCUCCACGAUUACGACAUGCAUGUGUAUGAGCUCACCGACACAAACGGUGGUCGCGUCGUCCCCACAGCUAGCGAGCCAACUGCGUCGUCGUCGCCCCUCCACCACCUCACCCGCCUUGCUCAACAAGAGUUCAAGUUUAUGAACAGCCCGACCGGUGUCGACGACGCGUGGUCGCUGGCGUCCCUAUCCAAGAUGGAGCAAGGACUUAAACGAAUGAAGGUGGAAGACCUGCGCCUGGACAGUCAUAUCCCCCACCGCCCUCACACCAGUUCCACAGAAGAUGACGAUGAAACGGACCAGCGAACUCGCUCCGACUCUGAAGACCGGCUGCGAAAACUCUCCGUAUCGUCGUGGUCGUCGUGUGACAGCGACUACCAUCACCCUGGCGCGACCACCAAGCGCAUCGGAAGUUACUCCCCCGAAGACCGAGCAGAACGCAUUCAGCGGUACCUGGAAAAGAGAAAACACCGGACAUGGGGCCGAAAGAUCAACUAUGGCGUGCGGAAAAACUUUGCCGACUCGCGGUUACGAGUGAAGGGUCGGUUUGUCAAGAAGGAAGACGAAGAGCUCUUGUGCUUGUUCCUGGGCAUGACAUAAUCUCGCUCGCCACCCGCCGUUAGCUCCACCAUUUUCCAUCGCUCCACUCCACGGGUACCCCUAACGACUUGUCAUAGACCUCAUAGACACAAUUCCACAUAUUAUUUCCA